AUGAUAGGAAAUAAAUAUAACAGCGUUAUUGAAGGCAAGUUGUAGGAGAAUCUCUCUCUUAGAAACAUCAAGGAUGGAUGGAAAGAAAUAAAGAAAGGAAAUGAUGUCCAUUUAUAUACAACAAAAUACUAAAAUUUUGAUGUUAAGUUGGCUAAAAUCGAAGCUACUGCUCCAGUCAAUAUUGAAAAGGCUUCAGCAUACUAUUUUGAUAAUCUAGAUGGCUAAAAAUAAUGUAGAGAUAUGUGUGAUAAAUUGAUCAAGCUAGAAAUAGUAGAUUAAGAUACUGUCGUAACCCUUUUCAAAACCAAGAGUAAAUUCCUUGUAAGUUCUAGAGAAGUUGUUGGAAUUUAACACAGAAGAAAGCUAAAUGAAAGUGAAUACUUAAUCACAAGAGAUUGCAUCGAAGAACAUCCUAAUGCACCUAAAUCAAAAGAUGUAGUAAGAGCUGAAGGAAAGUUCUAUGCAAUUUUCUUAACAAAAAUUAAUGAUAAUACAACUAAAUUUGAGAUGUACAUGUUAUUAGAUCCUAAAGGAAGUAUUCCUACUUCAGUAGUUAACUCUUUAAUAGAAGAAUAACAUGAAACAGUUAUAAAAGAUAUUGAAAUUAUUAAAAAAAUGUGA